AUGUCUUCAUGCACAAGCGACACAGCACCAAAGAGGACUACUGCUAAAUACUCGUUGCGCCAGGAGGACAGAGACACAGAACCGGGCCCCACAGAUCCUACGAAGAACCCCGAUUCACAGAGCAAGGGACCCGAAAUGGCUAAAAUUACUUCUGUUGCGCUUUCAGAACCUGUUACGGAGCAAGGCACGCUCGCUGAAUUCCCCAAAUUCCAGGAUUUACCUCUCGAAAUUCGUGCCCGCAUUUGGUCCUUCGCAGCUCCUGAACCUUCUCUGGUUGUACAGUGCUCAAGUAGGAUACGCGAUAGAAGCUUCCAUUAUGCACGCGCAAUCCCCGCCGUUCUUCAUGCAUUCCGAGAGUCCAGAUUAGAGUAUCUUGAGACCGAUGAUCCCAAAGAUCAAUCACUGCAACUACGACGAGCAGCUCAUCCUGUUUAUAAACUCCAUUUUCAGCAAGACUUGCCCCAGAAUAGUGGAAGCGACGGUCCCAGGGCAAGCCAUGCAGGUUGGUAUAUGUCAACAGAUUUUGACACCCUUUGUGGCAGGCUAUACCUUCAACAAGAAUCGGGUUUGUUUGUCGACAUUGGAGAAUUCGGUGUUGCUGCUACCUUGAAGCACUUGGCUGUCACGGUUCAUAGGGUUUCAUCUCAUCUUCAGGAUCGAAUAGAGAGCCUCAGAACAGGUUUCCCGGUCUUAGAGACUCUUACAUUCAUGUUUUCAGAGUCCAUGGGGGGCCAAUCUCGGGAUUCAGAAACUGUGAUUCAAAAAUGGGCAAUUACGGAAAAUGGGGAUCUUUCACUUGGAACAAUGGGAAUCAUAGACUCCGCAGCUGUUGAUCUUGAUGCAAAUCAUGGACCCCUUUAUUAG